CAACACCAGACACAACAAAUUAUAGAACUUCACAAGCUCGACACAAACCUUCACAGGAACCUUCGUAGACACAGAGAUGUUUCUCUCUGUCCUGCUCGUGCUGGGCCUCUGCCUGGUGCCUUCUCACUCCAAACCCACAGGAGAACAUCUGGGCAGUCCUUUCCUCCAACAAUGUUUUAAGGAGGCUAAGAAAAUUGUGGAUGAUGCAUAUUUGUACUCCAGACAAGAGAGUCUGAGGCGAGUUCGCAAGGACGUGGUGAGGCCUCACGAUGCCCUGCGUCUCCUGAAGCAGCCUCGAGCUGAAACGCGCUCGGCUGUGAGGUCUGCAGACUACAUGGCCCAAACCCUUCGUCUGCUGCAUGAGAGGGUGCAUCGUGUGCACAAACGCUCGCUCAACGCAACAGACUUGCUGAGUGAGGAAGACCUAAAGGUUCUCGUCAGGAUAACUGGAUGUGAGGCUCGGGUCCGCAUCCCAGAAUGCCGCACCACAGCAAACAUUAACAAGUAUCGCACAAUCACCAGCAUCUGCAACAACAUAAAUAACCCUCGCCUCGGAGCCUCCAACACCCCGUUCGCCCGCUUGCUGCCUGCUGAAUACGACGACGGCAUCUCCCAACCCAAAGGCUGGAACAACAGAACGUUAAACAACUUCCUGCUCCCACUGGUACGACAGGUGUCCAACAAGAUCCUGAGUACAACAGAUGCAGCCGUGGUCAGCGACAGAGAGUUCACCCACAUGGUGACCUUGUUUGGCCAGUGGAACGACCACGAUCUCACCUUCACGCCCUUCUCCCCCAGCAUCCGCUCUUUCAGCAACAACCUGAACUGUGACGAGAGCUGUGAGAAGAGCGAGCCGUGCAUCCCCAUCCCAAUUCCUCCUGGUGACCCUCGGCUUCCUUCUCGCCCUGACACCUGCAUCCCUGCGUUCAGAUCCGCCCCUGCUUGCGGAACAGGAUUCUCGGCCUACAAUUUCGGCGGAGAGCCCAACAAGAGGGAGCAGAUCAACGCGCUGACGGCCUUCCUGGACCUCAGCCAGGUGUACGGCUCUGGGGACAAGCUCGCCCGUGAUCUUCGUAACCUCACUAACAAUGACGGCCUACUGCGCGUGAACACGAACUUCACAGACAACGGACGUGAGCUGCUGCCUUUCAGUCCCCUCAAGGCAGAGAUGUGUGCCACACGCAAAAGAGCCACCAACGACACAAACGCCAGGGAGGUGCCGUGUUUCCUUGCAGGUGACGUCCGUGUGGACGAGAACAUCGCUCUGACAUCAAUUCACACGUUGUUUAUGCGUGAGCACAACCGACUGGCUCGUGCGCUGAAAAGACUGAACCCACACUGGGACAGUGAGACACUCUACCAGGAGGCCCGCAAGAUCAUGGGUGCUUACACGCAGGUGUUUGUGUUCAGGGACUACCUGCCACACAUUUUGGGCGACAAUGCAAUUCGGACACAGAUUGGCCGUUACCCCGGCUACAGUCCCGAUGUGGACCCCAGUAUAUCCAACGUCUUUGCAACAGCAGCUUAUCGCUUUGCCCACUUGGCCAUCCAGCCAAUGUUAGCCCGUCUGGAUGAAAACUACAGGGAGAAUCGUCGGUUCCCCAGUGUGUCCUUGUACAGGGCCUUCUUCUCUCCCUGGAGAAUUGUCUUUGAGGGUGGUGUUGACCCUCUGCUGCGCGGUUUGAUCGGCCGUCCCGCCAAACUGAACACUCAGGAUCACAUGAUGGUGGAUGCUCUGAGGGAGCGGCUGUUCCAGUUUGUGAUGCAUCUGGCUCUGGACCUGGGCUCUCUCAACAUGCAGAGAGGACGUGACCACGGCUUGCCUGGCUACAAUGCCUAUCGCAGGAUCUGCGGCCUGUCUCAGCCCAGGAACCAGACAGAGCUCGGUCAGGUUCUGAAAAACAAUGAUCUGGCCCGGAGGCUGCUGCAGCUCUACGGCUCCCCCAAAAACAUAGACGUCUGGAUGGGAGGUGUGGCAGAGCCGUUUGUGCAGGGUGGCCGUGUGGGGCCUCUGUUCGCCUGUCUCAUUGCAAGACAGUUCAAGAAUAUCCGCCAGGGUGACAGGCUGUGGUAUGAGAACCCUGGCGUCUUCACCCCGAGACAGAGAUCCGUCCUGUCCUCCGCCACCUUGUCCAAGAUCAUCUGUGACAACACCGGCAUCAGAUCUGUCCCGAUGAACGCCUUCAACCUUAUUUCAAACAGGAACCGGCUCGUCAACUGCAACAACAUCCGAGGCGUGGACCUGACGGCGUGGAGGGACAGACCCUGCACCAACAGCUCAGAAUGUGAACCAGUCGACUCCCCAGGACCAGCAGGACCAGCAGGGCCUCCAGGACAACGAGGUGGAGUAGGACGUCGAGGCCCGAGAGGCCGGAGAGGAUCUCCAGGUCCCCGUGGUCCCCCUGGUCCCCCUGGUCCCCCUGGUCCCCCUGGUCCCCCUGGUCCACCAUCAGUCUACAAAAAUGCUACACUUCCACAAUCUGCCUUCUCUGUCAUUCUGGGGGUGAACAACUCAUCCGCUCUGAAAAUAAUUAAUUUCCGUCAGGUCAUCUACAAUGAACAACACCACUACAGCACGCAGACGGGCCUGUUCACAUGUGUGAUACCCGGUGUCUAUCAAUUCAGCUUUCUCUGCACAGCCUACGGCACUGGAGGUGUGGACCUUAUGCUCAACAGUAGGUUGGUGCUGCACAGUUUCAGGGUCAGUCAGGGAGGUCACGUCUUGUCUACCGGGGACACGGUGCUCAAGCUGGGGAACGGAGACAAAGUGUGGCUGGAGGCCAGCAACGGGACCAUCGGCCUGAGCACCAAAAGCUUCUUCUCAGGACACCUGCUCUUCAGUAUGUGACACAAAACACACACCUCUUUUCCAGAACCGCCGCUCCGUCUGCUGUGGGAUCUGUUUUAAUUACUCAGCCUCUAUGCAAUGAGCUACUGUUAUUUUUAGCACUCUUAUAAUACUUCAUCCUCUAGUCUAGGGCACACCAUACAACUUUAUACAUGUUACUGAAAGAUUACGUAUAAACGAGUAGCUUAAUGACCUUAAAAUGUGAAGUUCUGUUGCAUGCAUAAUAUAUAUAUUCAUCUGUAGCCAAUGUUUGAAGGUGAGAAUUUCCAGUAUUAGUGUGAAUAUUUUAUGCCCAGAUGCAAUGGAAGUGCACCUUUGUCUGCAACGUUUAUUUCCCUGUCACUUUCUUAUCUACAUACUUUGCUUUCAAUAAACAAAACUGUUGAAGAUAA